AUGGAGCCACAAGAGGCCAGAGAAGAGAUGGAGGAGAUAUCCCUCCAUCUGCAGAAGGAGGGCCUGCCCCCGGGGGCCUCAGCAGAUGAGCGCCAGUGCCACCUUUGGCGUCUGCUUGUUCAGAGUGAGGGAAGCCUGGCCAGAGCCACAGAGGAGCUACAGGCGUUGCGCAUGCAGCAGGCCAAUGAGAUGAAAGAGGUGGAAAAUUACGUGGAGCACAUCCGUAACAUGCUUGAAGAGCGUGAGUCGCUGACAGCCGAGUAUGAGCGUGACAACGAACAGCUCCGAGCAGAACUGGCCCAAAUGAAGUACCAACAGGAUUCCCAGUGUAAAGAGGUGGCAGAGAUGCUGGACCAGGAGGGCUUAGCAGAGAUCAGUCACAGCAGUCCCAGUGAGCAGGUGGCUUAUCUGCUGGUGGAGAGAGUCACGCUGCUGGAAAGGCUCGAGGCUGCAGAGAGGAAGCUUGACACCCAGACUCUCACAGGGAACCUUAGAGAAGUUCAUUUGCAGGAGGAGUUAGAUCAUAUGCGCCAUACAAUGGAGGAAGAGCUUAGACAGCAAAAGGAGACCAUGCAGCGCACUAAAGAUAGUAUGAACAAGGACUCUCCAGUUCAGAGCCCCUGGAAGAAGCUCUUUGGUGUCCGCAGGUUCACACAGAGUGGGGUAGCUGCCCACAGUGAGGAAUUAUCAAAGGAGCGUAUGGAGAGACAGAAACUGGAGAGAGAUCUGACAGAGGCAUCCAGCCGUCUUACCAUGGCCCAUAAGGAGAUUCGCCAUCUGACCGAUGAGCUAGACUCCAUUCGGAAAGCACAGCUCAGCUGUGGACCUGAUUUGCAUAGAACCGGAGAAGAGGUGCAACUGCUCAAACAGGAGGUGGAUAAGCUGAAGCAGUGUGAUAUGGUGGAGCUACAGAGAGCCAGAGAACGCAAUGACAGACUGGAUGGGGAAAUUAGAGCUUUAAGGGACAGAGUGCGCUCCUUAGACAUGGAAAAUAAAACCCUUCUGGAAAUGGUGGAGAAUUCCAAAGUGCAUUCCAGUCAUAAAGCCAUGAUUAUGGGAGUACAUGAUCAGUCUGCACAGGAUGAUGCAAAUGACAGCCCUCAUGUUGGACCUGAUGAACCACUAACUGAAGAACAAGAACUCCAUAAAAGGUGCCGGCAGGAGUCAGAGGACAAGGACUGUCGUCUGCGAGAGAUACAGAGGAAGUUACAGAAGUUGCAGAAGGAGCAUGAGGAGCUGGUGGAGAGGAACGAGGAGCUGGAGUCACUUCUGGGUGAAACACAAAAUGCUAGCAGAGAGGAGAGAGAGCGCCAUGAGUGUGAGGUGGAGGGCCUCCAGCGAAAGAUUAAAAGUAUGGAAGGAGAUCUCAACAAGAUGAAUGCUCUGAAAUCUGUGCUGAAAGGUGAAGAUCAAGGGAAAGACACAGAGUUGAAGGGGGGAAGUCUUCAGGAACGGGUAGCAUUUCUUGAAGGUCGCCUCACAGAGGAAAAGGUCUGGAGGAAACAGCUUGAAAUUGAUCUGACUACAGCACAGACUUCCCUCAAAACGGACAGAGAAGCACUGCAGAAAGAUCACGAAGAGCUGAAGAGAUUGAGACUAGAGCUACAGAGGCUGCAGGCUGAGUGUCGAGAGGGAAAAUCAUUGCAUCAGACUCUUACACAAAUUAAAGGAGAAAAGGGAAUUCUGGAAGAAAAGGUGGCCCAGUUGGAACGGGCUCAGACACGGCUCCAGGGUGACCUAGUCCACCAGACGGAGAACAGCCAAGUUCAGGAGGACCUGAGAGAAAGCAGGAGACAGGUGGCAGAGCUUAAAGCUCAGGUCGAACAGCUGACGUCUGAACUAUCUCGCUUAGAGAAAGAGCACAGCACACUAAGGGAUGAGAUGGUGGAGAAGAGAAGGCAGUUGAUGGAUAUGCAGGGGGAGUUGAGUCAGAGAGUCCAAGAGCAGCUGCAGGCAGAGGGAGAGAAAGACCGUGCGAAUCUGGAGCUGCUCUAUGUCAGAGAGCAGCUUCAGCAGACUUGGCAGGAGACGCAAAGACCAAAACAAGAGCGAACACCUGAUUCCCAGCCUUUCUCCACGGAUGGUGAGGGUCUCUCUCAGCUGGCCUCAUUGAAGAUGGAGAUGAGUCGGCUUCACUCCACUCUGGAAGAGGAGAGAAAGCUAGCCAGCCAGCACCAACUGGCCCUGCAAGCCCAGAUUAACGAGGCUCAGGCCAGAGCUAAGGCUCAAGACUCAGUACUUCAGCAAAAGGCAGAGGAGAAUAAACAGCUCAAACAUGACAUGCAAAGAACACAGCAUCUUUUCACCUCUGCUGAACGAGAGCUGCGCUACGAGAGGGAAAAAAAUCUGGACCUCAAGAGACACAACGCUCUGUUAGAUCAAGAGAAGAUCAAGUUGUGUGCAGAGCUGAAGCAGUCACAAGCUAAAUUGAGCCAGCUGGAGCAGACAGGGGCUAAACAAGCAGUGGAGCUGGAGCAACUGCAGCAGAAGACCCGUGAGCUGGAACUGGAGCUGGCCAGGAUCGGCCAGAGCCACCAGACCACUAGCUCCCUGAAGGAGGAGCUGAAUGCAGAGAGGGCACGUGUCAUUGCUGCCGACAAAAAGGUGCUGGAGCUCCAGAAACAGCUUAAGACCACUCAGCACCAACUACGUCUGGAGGAGGCACGAGCAGGAGAGACCACCAAACUGGAGAGAGACGCCAGAGAUAUGUCGGACAAUUUGUCUGCCCUCAGAGCCAGGCUGCAGGAGGAGCACCUUCAGAGGAAAUUGGUGGAGCAAAGAGAAGAGGAGCUUCAGCAGCAAUUGCGUGCUCUUCGGGUUAAAGAAGCCACACUGACUCGUACCAAUUCAGAGCUUUGUCAUCGCAUGCAACAACUGGAGACACGGCUAGAGGUCCUGGAGAGUGAACUCCGCACUUCCAAAGAGGAGGAGAGGCUCAGUCAGCAGACAUGUCAUAGACUGGAGGAGCAACUGGCAUCCAGCCAGCAGGAGUCUGAGAAGCUCCAGCAGGAGCUGCAGCAAGUCGUCCAACAACUGGACACAAACAUCAGGAAGUACAAUGAGAAACAAUCUCAGCAUAAAAUCAAGCUUCGAAGAGCCAAGCAGGUCUUUGUGAAAGCUGUAACACAGCGGGACCGAAAGAUUGAAAAGUUGGAGAGUGAUCUUGCUCUGGCUACCAGUCUUUCAGAAAAGGAAAAGGACUGGAUAAAGACAGUGACAGAACAGAAUGAACAGCUUCUUCUUGAAAGACGGGAGCUCCUGAAGAGGAUGAGUGAGGCGGAGGAAAUGGGGAACAACGGCAUGCAAACUGCUUCUACCAUCCAGCAAAGGGUAAACUACUUGGAGAUGGAAAACAGACAGCUUCAGGACAAAACUCUGAAGUUGGCCAAUGAAGUUGGAGUCCUUGACCGUGCUUUGAGGAGCCUCCAAUCAAUGGGCGGUGUUGAGGACAUCAAAAGAAUGUUUCCUUCUGGAAGUCCUGAGGGCCUCUUAAGAAAUUCAGUACCCAGUCCGAAGCCAGGGCUCAGUGAGUCGUUGGGCAUACUGGAUGCCAUUCGAAGAGUCAAAGUUGGUGAUCAUGUUAAGAGCCUGGAUUCAUCCCUGUCAGUGCCUCUUUCCCAGUCCUUUGAAAUUGGCUAUCUUAAUGUCACUUCCCCAGUAGCUCACCAUGAAGCACAGGAUCAUGAGGAAAGUCUCAGUGCAGCCAGUGAUGAGGCAUGA